AUGGCAAGCAAUCCGUAUGUUAAAUCUCUAAUCUGGUUAGUUUGUUCAGGCGGCGUUGGCUACGGGCUUAUGUUGCUUACCGAACCAUCUGAGGAGAAACUAGAGCGCAUAAAAGCCACAGGAGGUCCAGCACAUCUAACCAACGAAGAACUUAAGAAGUUACAGUUUAUGCAACGUAUGCGUGAGGCGGCUACUGGUGAAGCACCACCAAUUUACAUGCAGAAAAAGGAAAAGUAA